AUGAGCGUCCCUUUGACUACUGAAGAACUCGAGCGCUAUACCGCUAUCAUUGACGACAUCCUUGAGACGUCCGACCUUGAGACCAUCUCACGAAAGAAGAUCCGGCAGGGGUUAGAGAACAAGCUCGGCGGCCAGGAUCUGAGCGAGCAGAAGAACGCCAUCAAACGACUUAUCGAAGCUCGGUUCGACGCCGUAUCCGGAGCCAACAACGGAAUCGAACCCCCCUCUACUGUCGACUAUGCGGCCAACGGCACAUCCGAUGUAGGCGAAACCGAGCAAUCCGCCACCCCGGAACCUUCACGAAAGAAGGUUAAGCGAUCGUCCUCGGCUGAAGAUGCGGACGCCAAGUUGGCGGCCCAACUACAGGCACAGGAAAAUAGCUUGGCCAGAGGGCGCAAGACUCGAGGGGGCGACAAGGCAAAACCUACCAAGAAGAAGGCGGCGCCACGCAAGAAAAGUGCGAAGAAGGUCAAAGCCGACGAUGAUAGCGACCUCGAACCAGCUGAUGGUGAGGUUGGCAAGAAGAGAAAGGCUGGUGGUGGUUUCCAGAAACCUUUCAACUUGAGCGAAACCCUCUCUGAACUUGUUGGCGAGACACAGCUCUCGCGACCUCAAGUUGUCAAGAAGCUCUGGGAACAUAUCAAAGCAAAUGACCUUCAAGACCCGAACGACAAACGUCAAAUCAUCUGCGACGAGAAGAUGCAAGCAGUCUUCAAACAAGCAAGAGUUGACAUGUUUCGGAUGAACAAGGAUAUCGGUAGCCAUCUUUACCCAGUUGGCGAGGAAUAA